AUGAAGACAUUUGUUGCUCUCAGUCUGCUGCUCACUGCCACGGGUGCCGUUAUCUUUGAGAAAUGUGAAGUUGGCAAGAUUUUCAAGGAAAAUGGAUUGGAUGGAUAUUUAGGAUAUAACCUGGGAGACUGGGUGUGCUUGGUUGACAAUGAAAGUGGAUUCAACACAAUUAAAACAGUAUUUCAUUGGACUGAAUACAUGACGAGAAAAGUUACUAAAUAUGGGAUUUUCCAAAUCAGCGAUGACAAAUGGUGUGGAAAUUCAGACAACUAUGUUCCCUACCGACGCUGCCGUGUCAGCUGUGAUAGUUUAAUGGAUGGUGAUCUCACUGAUGACAUCCGAUGUGCUAAGUAUAUAGCAACAACAGAGAACGGAAUAGAGACCUGGUUAAGUUGGAGAAAAUACUGCAAAGGUGUGAAUUUCAAUCACUUUCUGGAUAAUUGCCAGCUGUGAAGACAGGAGAGAGAAAGCUCAGCAUUCUGUUUUGCAGCCCUCCCUAUCGCAGCUUAAGACUCUUUCAACUGGUUAGCUUUGCCGUGUUGGUGUAUCCUCAUCUCAUUAUCCUGCACUUGCCAGAGAUGUUAGCCAGCCACGCUCAUGGGAGCGUGUUUCACACAUUAAUGUGUUGAGAUUGGGACCGGGGCAGGGUCAUUGUCAGGGGUAGUCUCCCCCCUGUCACCAAAAGUGAUCAACAUUUGGAGGACAGGUGUGGGGGACUGGUCAUGGAAAUGCCCACCCACUGAGUCAGUGAGAUUUCCUAUCCAGCAUGUACCCCACAGAACAGUGUUGUGGAGUUGCUGAAUCAGUUCCUCCUUCCUCCCAAUGAGAGAGUGGUGAUGGGAUCAGGAGGGUCUUCAAUGAGCUUCAAUGUCACUGACCUAGUAAGACCAUCAGAUAUAGGAGCAGGUGUUAACCAUUCAGCCCAUUGAGUCUGCAGUGCCAAUGAGAUAACAGCUGAGCUGGUAAUCCACAACUCCACUUUCCUGCCUUUUCCCUGUAACACCUGAUUCCCUCCCUGAACAAAAAUCUAUCUCAGCCCUGAAUAUUCUAUUUGAGCCCAGCACCAAAACCUCUUUGAGCUAUCGCUAUUAAUCUCACAACUUCAAAUGAUGCUGUUCCAGUCAGAAAGUAGGAUGGUAAGGGACAGAAUCCCUGAGAAGGUCCACUAACUUGCUCCAACCUCAGACCAAUUCCCUUCAUUGCUUCACUUCUGUUUCUGCAAUGCAUUGAGCUCCCGUUCUGUGGUUGGUAAUUUUCA